AGAUGACAAUCGGUAAACUUAGCAACGGGACGAGAAACGGACGAGUUUGUUCGGGUGCCGGUUUAUUCACAAUUUAAAUGUUGUAUAAAAUUUCGAAAGAAUAGAAUAUCACAAUGUCUUUUAAUUUAACUUCCAAUCAGCCCUCUCAACCGUCAGCCUUUGGAACGCCGUCGUUCGGAAAUCCAGCACCUACAAAUUCUUCAUUCUCCUUUGGUUCUGGCCCUGCAACUUUAACAAGUAGUGCUGCUCCUUUUUCAUUUGGAACCACUACAGCUCCACAGCAAACUGGAGGUUUUCAAAUGGGUACUAGUAAUGCAUCUUCAACAGGCGGUUUUGGCUUUGGAUCCACAUCACAGGCACCGGCUUUCAGCUUCUCCAGUGCUCCCCUGAAUACAGGAACUGCCACAACGUCAAUGACUGGAGCUCCUUUUGGAUUCGGUGCACCAAGCUCAACUGGAUUUGGAUUGGGUGCAGCAUCAAGUGCUCCUUUUACUGGGCUCACAACUAAUGUGAUAUCUACCACAACAACAGCCCCUUCUCUUGGUCUUGGGGGUAUCAAUUCAACUACAUUUGGAGGUGAUCUUUCUGCAUCCCACUCACAAGGAAAAUCUGAUUCUAAAGCUUUUAAUGAAAUGCCUGUACCUGCCGAAAUCUCUCAAUCUGUUGAAGAAUUCAAAAAACAUGUGAAGGAACAGAAAGCCAAAAAGGACGAAGUUAGUCGAGGCAGUAACAAGGCCCCAGAAAAAGUGGGCGAGGAGGUUGAAACUUUGAAGAAUAUCCUCUCCAACCUGGCCAAUAACAUCCAGCAGCAUUCCGCAUUGGUUCACAAAUUGAAGCAUGAUGUAGCACUUGAAAUUAAAAAUGCUGAAAUCGCCCAGCGUACAAAAGAAACAGCACCCAGUAUGCAACUCGACAAUACGGCGCCUCUUGAAUACUUUAUGCGUUUAGUGACUGAUUUCGAGCAGCGAAUGCAGUUUUACAAGCAACAAAUCGAAGACACGGAGAGGAAUCUGCUGGCCAUGACCAAACAGCAUGCAUUGACUCCUCAAGAACUGAUGGGGACUAUGAAAAAGUUGCACGAGGCAUUUGUUUUGUUGGCUGGACGUGUCCACAUGAUUCACACUUCGCUUCAAAACUACAAAGACGAUUAUUUGACGUACCGACGACGGGUUCUGAACGACCCCACUGAUAUUUUCGCCUCAAAGAGCCACGCCCCUUCGAAAUCGGUGCUGGUGAGCCAAUUGAACAAGAUCGGCAGUGGGCCGUCCCCAUUUGGAGGUACCUCGGAUCCGCUUUCUCGGACAUUAAGCCACCUUACCAACGCUGUUCAAGGUUCUGGUGCAGGUUUAAGUGGUGGCACUAGUGGUGGUCUCAGCUUUGGCUCCUCGUUAGCUAGUAGUAGUAAUCCAGGUAGUCUAUCGUUCGGGACACCAAGCCGCCCGGCAGGUUUUUUUGGUAGCUCUGCGCAGUCGCUGCAGUCAGCCAACUCGAGUUUCCAGCUGCAAAGCCCUCCUCCCGGCAAUAAAAGGAACAAGCGCUAAAUUUACUCUUAAAAACUCUGUUCUCUCUCUCUCCUCAAGAUUCUUACUGUAAACAUCCGUUUUUGAAUAAACGAUAAUUCCCAUCUU